AUGGCCAGGGGCUUGGCCGUCCCCUUCUCCCAGGGAAAGGUGGCAGCCAGAGGGACACGGUGGCCCUGGGAACGCCACUGGAACUCCACCAGUCUCCCACUGGUGCCCAAACCCCUGGAGAAGGAGGGUGCUGGGGGUUUGUGUCAGGAGAACUUGGUGGGGUUCCUGCCGGGAAUCCCAGCUGGGAAUCGCGCGGGGGGAGCCGUGGGGGUCCGGGAGGGGACCAGGAGCACCUGGGAUGUCCCAAAUCCUCAGCCCCGCUCCGGGCUCAAGACCAAGUCCAUCGUGAGCUACAACCACCUGGGCAACAACGACGGCAAGAACCUGUCGGCGCCGCAGCAGUUCCGCUCCAAGGAGAUCUCCAAGAGCAACGUGGUGGACGACACGGUCCAGGCCAACCCCAUCCUCUACGGCCCCCAGGACAAGCCCGACCACUGCGUGGUGAUCAAGUACGUGCCCUACGUGGGGGACAGCAAGCGGGCGCUGGACGAGUACACGUCCGAGAUCAUGAUGGGCGGCACCAACACCAUCGUCAUCCACAACACCUGCGAGGACUCGCUGCUGGCCAGCCCCAUCAUCCUGGACCUGGCCAUCCUGACGGAGCUGUGCCAGCGCAUCACCUUCUGCACCGAGGCCGACCCCGAAUUCCAGGGCUUCCACAGCGUCCUGUCCAUCCUCGCCUUCCUCUGCAAGGCCCCGCUGGUUCCCGAGGGCACCCCCGUGGUCAACGCGCUCUUCCGCCAGCGCAGCUGCAUCGAGAACAUCCUGAGGGCCUGUCUGGGGCUGCCCCCCCAGAACCACAUGCUGCUGGAGCACAAGAUGCAGCGGCCGGCGCCGAGCCCCAAACGCGCCUGUCCCGGGGGGGCCGCCUGUCCCCUGCUCCCCAAAAAGAGCCCGGCAGCGCCCGCCCAGCUCAACGGGCACCCCUGUGCCCCCCGGCCGGGGCCCCCCCGAGCCCCCCUGCACAUCGACGGCGCCGAAUAACCCCAAACCCACCCGGAGCGGCUUUUUAGGGGGGGUGGGGGGCGGAGGGGUGGGUUUGGGGGGGGUUGUUCCCACCCCCACCCCAAUUCCUGAUGGCGAAUCCAAACUGUGAAGCUUUGUACCCACCAAUAAACGCGGAGCACAGAGUGACCCCUCCCUCACCUCCCCAUGA